CUAAUUAUUAUAGAAGACUUGUCGAAGUCAAUUUUUUUUUUAAAAAAAACUUCUAUGUAAUACUUAUAAAUACUUGAAGCAGCGUUACAAACAUUUGCCAUCUUCCUCGAAGCUGCUAAAGUAUCCACAGUCGCUUUCGUUCUUUUAUUUACUUUUUUUUUUAACAGUUUUACCCUUAUGAAGGAAUGGAUCAUAAACUUUUAUCCACCGGAAUUCCUCACAAAACCCUCCCCGAUAAUUAUACCCGACCCGAAUCUCAGAGACCCAAUUUAUCACAAGUCUCAGAUUGUGAAGAUGUCCCAGUUAUUAACUUAGCUGCUGAGGAUCAUUCUCAAAUACUCCAACAAGUCUCUCAUGCUUGUACACAUUACGGGUUUUUCCAGGUAAAGAAUCAUGGGGUGUCCAAAAAAUUGACGGAGGAGAUGCAAAAGGUGGCUCAAGAGUUCUUUAAGUUACCAGUAGAGGAGAAAAUGAAGUUGUAUAGUGAUGAUCCGACAAAAACAUUGAGGUUAUCAACAAGUUUUAACGUUAAAAAAGAGGAAGUUCAUAAUUGGAGAGAUUAUCUUAGACUUCAUUGUUGGCCUCUUGAGAAAUAUGUGCCUGAGUGGCCUUCUAAUCCUCCUUCAUUCAAGGAAAUAGUAAGCAUGUACAUUAAAGAAGUUCGGGAACUUGGGUUCAGAAUACAGGAACUAAUAUCAGAGAGCUUAGGGUUGGAGAAAGAUUACCUUAAGAAUGCCCUAAGAGAUCAAGCACAACACAUGGCUGUUAACUAUUACCCGGAGUGCCCGGAGCCUGAGAUGACAUACGGGUUACCGGGUCAUACUGACCCGAAUGCCCUUACAAUCCUUCUUCAAGACUUGCAUGUAUCUGGCCUUCAAAUCUUAAAGGAUGGUAUAUGGCUUGCUGUCAAGCCUCAACCUGAUGCUUUUGUUAUUAAUAUUGGUGAUCAGUUGCAGGCAUUGAGCAAUGGGUUAUACAAGAGUGUAUGGCACAGAGCAGUUGUGAAUGCAGAUAAGCCCAGAUUAUCAAUAGCUUCUUUCCUUUGCCCUGCUGAUAGUGCAUUGAUCAGCGCGCCGCGACGUCUGACUGCCGAAGGAUCAUCGGCCGUUUACAGGGACUUUACAUACCCGGAGUACUACAAGACGUUCUGGAGUAGGAACUUGGACCAGGAACACUGCUUGGAGCUUUUUAAGAACCAAAACUAAGUAUAUCACCUCCUUAGCUUCUAGUCUUCUACAUAAUUAUCAAUAAAUAAUGGUACUAUAUAAUAAUAUAACCAUCAACUGUUGCACUUUUUGUUUGGUGUCCAAAAGAAAAAUUAAUUUCACAAAUGAGCCUUUUCAAUUUGUUUAACAAUUUACGUGACUUUAAAAUGCCAAAUCUGUUUUGCAAACGUUUUAAGUCUUUUCCUGAAAAGAAAAAUCUUUCCUACUAUAUGUCUUGGCUACCUUUCUACCACCGCACCCUAUCCACCACCCCACCUCCCCGAACGAACGUUAAGGUAGCGUCGCGGGGUGUCGUCAGCGGACAAGGGGGGUAGUGGAGGUGAUCAGGGGAAGGGGUGGGUGGUGACUGAUUGUGUUGCUGUGAUGGAUGGUGGGAGGGAUCGGUAAAGGGGUUUUCAAUAAUGUUCGUUUCAACAAAAUUAUACUUUUUGGGAAUGGCUAAAUAUCUAAUUGUUAGGUGUCUAAAUUUGAAAUAUGAAUCUAUAGUGCAUUUAUAUAUAUGCAUUAAGUGUGAAAUCCACCAUACUAUCUAUUUUACAUUUAGAUAUCUAACAAUUAGACGUUCAACCUUUUUCAUAACGUAAGUACGAAAAUUGUUAAACUAAAACAUGAGGCUGUUUUGUAAAGUUUAAUGUUUUUUGGGUAACAAAUAAAAAAUGCAAAAGUUGAUGGUUACUAUAUAUUUAGUGUAAGUUUAAUGCUUUUCUUAUUGAUAAGUGUAUCUAGGUUAUGUUGUGUUAUGUUCUUUGUGAAUUAUUACCAAUAAUUAUGUUCAUUGGUUAAAUUUGUGUUGUACGUUGAUAAGUAGACGUAAGUCUUAAUGUUUGAAUAAAAAAUUUGUUUCCUUUCAAAAAAUAAAGAACUAUUUGUUAGUGAUUAUAUAAUAGUAUUCUCUUUGAGCUCCA